AUGGAGAACGCGGAGGAUUCGCUCCCUCGGAGAACAACAAUCGGGGCGUGGAUAGAUCUACAAUUAUGCUCUCCGCCUAGGCAGAAGAGGCCCAAAAAGCCGAAAGGUUCCUCUGCCAGCGCCAGCGCACGGAAGGCAUCGCGACUCAGUGGCACCACCAGCAGCACCAGCAGUAGCAGUGGUGGAGGUAGCAGCAAGCAACGUCCGAGUGGCACCGCCGCCGCGGCCGCGGGAUCGCGGUCCAAAGCCCGCACGAAGACCAAGAAGAGGAAGACUGAGGCUAAGAAUACCGCGGCCAAUCGAACGGGCGAAGCGCGCGGGUCGGCCUCCUCCUCGUCUGCUGCCGCGGUUACCGGUGCUCGUGCUAGGAUACACGAAAAACGCCUGCCGAAAGAAGGGGCUUCCGGCGGGACAGCGACUGCAACGGCGGCGGCGGCGGCAGCGGCGGUGCCCUCAGCAGCGCCUACGCCGACUACUCUAUUUGCCGUGAUGGCUGCCGACGUGAUCAUGCUUAACCUGUGGGCACACGACGUGGGGCGUGCCGACGGGCAGGCGUACUCCGUCCUGCGGUCGGUUUUCGAGGAGGCGGUGCGGCUGUACGAGGGGCAAGACGGUACCGGCGACGUUGGCAGUGAUGUCCCUGGCCCGGGCACAGCAGGCCUGCGUGCGGGCAGGGAGGGGACGGGGUCGCAGGCGCGAUUUCCGAAGGUUCUGAUGUUGGUGCUAAGGGACGUGGAAGAAAACGAGCACCUGGAAGCCCUGGACAAGGCGGCGAGGGCGAACUUGGAGUCGUUGUGGCGGGACGUGGACAAGCCCAGCAGCUUGCGUGACGCAGGGCUGUCGGAGGUGUUCGAUGUCAGGACUUGCGGGCUGCCGCACUUCCUCUAUCAGCGACGAGAGUUCGCGGCUAAGGCUGCGACUCUCAGCCGGUCGUUCCUCGACCCUACCUACCGAGGGUUCAUCUUUCGGAAGCCUCGGCGGCAAGCGGGGGUGGUUGGACGGGAGGGGGCUGGGCGGCAGCGUGCCGAAAACCCCGGCGGACGGCAUGCGCUACAUGCGCCGGUGCCCCUGUCAGAGCUGCGACAACGGCUGGAGGGCAUAUGGACUUCGGCGAGCAGCAACAACCGUCUUGCCGAGGCUCCUCGGCGAGGUGAGCAGCAGGGAGCCGUGGCCUUGUCGGCGUUGGCGGAGUUCUGCCUGUCGGAAGCGCGUCCGAGGUGCGCGAGGCUGCUGACCGAUGUGGAGGCGGCGGCGGCGGGAGAGAUGCCGCUGCUACAGUUCGGUACCGACGCGCAGGGGAUCGUAGACGAGGCUGUGCAGUCAUUCCUGGCCAAGUCUUCCAGAUCACAGAUCGAUGCCCCCGCAGCGGUGCUCCGUGAGAAACGCGGAUCGUUGGUGUCGGCGGUGGCGAGAGAGCUGGAGCCGGCCUUCAGGGCGCACGCGAGACAUUUACGAGGCCACUUUCACGAGCAGUUCGAGGAGAUGUUUUCCUGCGUGCUGGGGGGAGCGGCGGACUUCGACCAAUCGUCUCGACGGAUGUCCAAGACCAUCAGACAAAAUUUCCUCGAGGCCACAAAGCUAGCGAUUCCGAACACACCCGGGGUGGCUGACGUGUGGCGUUUGCACUGGGAGGCGGAGCUGGUCAAGCUUAACGAGGACAUGGAGAGCCGUGUGCAAGAUCGUCUGUCGGAGGGCACGUGGAUGUUGCCGCCGGACCCGGCCGAGCAGGCAGCGGCGGCGAGGAAGAAGACGCCGUGGUGGAAAGGGUUGGUGCUACGGGCGGCGGCGAUGUACUUCAACUACCUCCAGGCCACGCAGCACCUGCGGAGGGCGAGAAAGGCCUCGGAGAGAAGAGAGAGGGACGUGCCGCGCCUUCCGCUCUUCUAGACCUGGCUGGUUGUCUUUUUGUCUGUGCUGCUGAGGAGUAAGAGCAGCACCCCGUGGCUGAAUCAAGACGAGACACGUGGAACGCACGGCUGUGUGGCGUAAGCUCGACACGCUUUCUGUAUGAGGUCUCACCCGACACCUCGUGUCUGUUGUCGGGUGAACAUUGCCUUAUUGUUGCACUCAAAACCAUCUUUUUUGGUUUCUCGAAAGCCAUGCCGAGAUAUUUGUAGCUCUCCUGCUGUAUGCUGUCUGCUCGUGGAGGUGUCGCCCGUGCGGUAUCUUGCCAGCCAGUGCGCUGUGUCCGUGGGAAGGCGCGAGAAGUUACGAGUGUUCGGCAGGGUGUAGGGCGGGGUUCCUCCAGGCGUCCAAGACAAGAUUGGAUGGCAUCUAAUCUGGAUGGAUGUUUCGUGUGUGUCGUUUAGUUAGUGUCAUGUACAUUUCGCCGCUGUGUGUUGGCAUACAUGUGCACUUACUUCUGGGAAGGCUCUUCGUGUGGGAUUUAACCGAGCCUUGGUAGAUACCAUAUUUUCGGGUGUCUGGCUGUCUAUUUCGUGUCAAAAAUAUUGUUGGAGAAGCGUGUCCUUCCGAAUGAUCGCGGCCACGAUUCUCAAAGGCUUUCAUGUGGCCCCACAUCCGUACGAUUUGGCUCCGUAAAGACCUUCAAAAUCACAAAGAAUCCCACCACCUGACUUUCUUCGAGUUUGAUUGCGAAGGCGUAUUUCGGAGUGAAUGCAAAGCAUCUUGCUCAUCAUGCGGACAAGAAGACUGCAGUUAG